UCUGAUAAUGUAUAUUUUUAUUCUCUUACUAUGAAUCAUGCCUAUCUAAAGUCCAAAUGAACAAGCGUCACAUUAUAUAUUGUACUUACUGAAACGAUGCUCAGGAAGAGUUAUUUCAAGGAAGAUACAUCGUGCAAGAACAGAACCGUCGUGGGAUCAAAGAGGUUCAUUUUAUUCAGGAUCCAAGAACAUUAUUGGCAUAGGCUAAAGAACCCAGGUUUUUAAUCAUCACUUUCCGGAGCAACAGUAAUAUCCAGAUCCAAUCAGUCGAUGCGGCUUCAGGAUUUUUCGAAGUUCCCAACACGUAACCAGAUCACAGCAUGAUAUCGUCCAUUGCAUUGGUAGUUUUAUGGAUACAUGUCGUGUCACCCAACCCUGUCCCAUUGAUCUACAAUUUGGGAAAUACUGAUGCGACCACUCCAAGUGUAAGCGUCACCACGGUUCAGCAAGAAUGGACAGCGGCUGAAUUCCCCAAUCCUCAGUCCGAUUUAGACGUCCAUAGAUGUGGCAGACGAGGAAAGAAAUCCUGGGUAUGUGACCCAAAUGGUGUGGUGUCCUAUGAACAAGCUGAUAAGCUUGACACGAUAAUCAACGAUAUUCGAUCCAGAGCUGGGUGUGUUUGCGGUUCGUGUCCACCUGGCAGAGGACGUUAUGCCGUUGCAGUUGCCCUUGUUAACAAGCUAAACUUACAGGGAGAGACGCCUACGGAAAGUAACAUACAGAUUGCUAUUGAAAAUUUUGCACUGGACUUACGCCAAAAUCGAUGGCGUUUCGGCUACUGCCAAGACGGCAUUGUUAUUGUAGUUUCCAGGCAGGAUAGAAGGGUGUGGACAUCAGUUGGAGCCACGGCCAGAAGACGUCUCCCAAAUGGCUGUGUGAGGCUUAUCUAUGACAGAGUUCGUGGUUUGUUCAGUGACAAGCAGUAUUACAAGGGCAUCAAAGAAAUGCUGGAACAUUACAGAAAUGUACUUUUGGGUGGUCGUUGUGGAGGUGGCCUUUCUAUUGGAGCCAUCAUCGGGAUCGUAUUUGGGGUCAUUGGCGGGGUUGCUAUGAUAGUCAGUGUCAUCCUCUGUUGCGUUGGAAUGAAGUUCAACUGGGAGUGUGUCACUGGGACUUGUAUAGGAGUCUGCAUUGGGUGCAUCCUCGGAGCAAUCCAGGCCUGCAUCAAUGCUAUCAUUAUAUCAAUUUGUCAGUCCGUUUGCGAGGCGCUGGGCUGUGAGGAAUGUUGUGAACCAAUAGAGUGUGACUGUCUCGGAGAUGAGGGGUAUACCAGUAAUGACGGUGGGGGUGGUGGAGGUGGUGGGUUCUAGGAACAAAAACAGGGUAUUCCCGCUAUGGGAUCAUUCACUCGCGAUUCAUCCAAUACAGUACAAGGUUAGACAUAAUACGGAGACAAAAUAUUUUCUUAAAUAUCUGGAUGACAUGAAUCGUUUGCACAAAUUGCACGGCAGAUACAAAAUUAUUAUAUUUUUCUUAUUGGGAUAUGCACUUAAUAAAGGUGUCAUCCACUCAUGUUUU